ACUUUAACCUAACUAAAAAUUUUCACGUUGUUUAUGAUUUCCAUUUUUCACUUUUUUAAACUAUUUUCUUACAGUAAUUCCACAAAUCAAUAGGUAAUAUCAAUAUGACUUUACAAGCUAUUACAUGGAAACCUGUCAAGAUUGAUUAUAAUAUUUUAUCUGGCUCUGUAGAUGGUCUUAUUGGUAUUCAAGAAUGUACUGAUUAUAGUUUACAGAAUAUCAAAAAGGGUUCCAAACGUAGAUCUAUAAGUGAUGAGGGAAUGCAAAUUAAAAAGAAAAAGACAUCCAGAUCCAGAAAUAAGAAGAAUAAUAUUCUACUGGAGAAGGAAAGUCUGACACCAUCCACAUGUGGUACCACUAAUGGAGUUUCUGAAGUAGAAGAAACCAUUCACAAGGUUGAAAAGGAUUUGACAAACUUGGAAUCCUGGAAUAGUUAUGGUCUACCAGAAUCCAUUUUGGCUGGCUUGAAAGAGUUGAAAUUUUGUCAGCCAACACUCAUUCAAUCACUGACUCUACCUAGUGCCAUAUUAGGUCGAAGAAAUAUCUUGGGUGCUGCAGAAACUGGUAGUGGUAAAACAUUGGCAUUUGGUCUACCAAUUUUGACAGGAAUCCUGAAUAUCAAAGAGAAAUCCAUCAAUGAAACAGUACCACAAGACCAGUCUGAUUCAGAUGAAUCCGAUUUCGAUAAUGCAGAAGAAAAUGGGAUGGGCUGUGUGAGAAUAAUCAAUAACGUAGAUAUUGAAGAAACCCAUAGGAAUAAACCAUUAUAUGCACUAAUACUGACACCAACUAGAGAACUGGCCAUGCAAGUGAAAGCUCACUUGGCUGCAGUCGCAAAAUAUACAGGUAUACAAAUUGCAGUAGUAGUAGGAGGAAUGGCAGCUGUCAAACAAGAGCGAAUUUUGAGUAAGGGUCCGGAAAUUGUUGUCGCCACACCUGGAAGAUUGUGGGAAUUGAUACAGCAAGGAAAUCCACAUUUAUCACAGAUAGACAACAUUAAAUAUUUAGCAAUUGAUGAAACUGACAGAAUGCUGGAGAGAGGUCAUUUCCAAGAGCUACAUGACCUGUUAGACAGAAUCAACAUGGAAGAUUCCAAAAGGAAAGAGAGGCAAUAUUUCGUCUUCUCAGCUACCUUGACGCUGGUACAUGAAUUGCCAAAUUAUCUCAAGAAUAAACGUAAAAUCAAGAGGUCCAAGAAUAUUGAGGAAAUGGAUGCUUCACAGAAAUUGCAAAAAAUUGUAGAUAUGCUCGGUAUCAGUAAUCCAAAGGUUGUUGAUGUAACUGAAGGAAAAGGUACCUCUGAAACAUUAACGGAAUGUAGGAUAACUUGUGAUAUAGAUAAAAAAGAUUAUUAUGUUUAUUAUUUUUUAAAAAAACAUCCAGGAAGAACAUUGAUAUUCUGUAAUUCUAUUGGAUGUGUUAAACGGCUUGCAGCUUUACUCAGUAUAUUGGACUGUCAUCCACUGCCAAUUCAUGCAUCAAUGCAGCAACGUCAAAGACUAAAAAAUCUAGAAAGGUUCAGAGAUAAUGAAAACAGCAUAUUAGUAGCGACAGAUGUCGCAGCCAGAGGACUGGAUAUCCCACAUGUGGAACAUGUUUUACAUUAUCAAACUCCGAGGACAAGCGAAGGCUAUGUCCAUCGUUCAGGGCGAACUGCUAGAGCUUCACGACAGGGAAUAACUGUAUUACUUAUCGAACCUAAUGAACUACCGAACUAUCUGAAAUUGUGUAGGACAUUAGGAAAAGGUGAAGAUUUGCCAAACUUCCCUGUACAAGAAAAUUUACUGAAUGCUGUGAAAAAAAGGGUGAAUUUAGCUAGGGAGCUAGACAAGUUGCAGUUACAUGUGAGAAAAGCUAAUUCGGAAGCUGGUUGGUUCCAGAAAGCUGCAGAAGAUAUGGAUAUCCUUGUCGAUGAUUUCUCUAGUAAAGAUGAUACGGAUGAGAUACAGAAACAUAAGAAGAUAGCAGAACUGAAGAGGAAACAGUUGGCAACACUUUUAGCAACACCGAUUUUCCCUAGUGGUUUCAGUGGAAAAUAUCCUUUACUAUCAAAUUCGAAGUUGUCAUUUGAUGGAAAUAUAAAAGUAGAAAAUGCAGUCGAAGUUAUGAAGAGUGCUAUGGAGGCUGAUAACAAAAACAAAAAGAAGAAUAUACCAUUGUUCAAACCUAAAAAGAAGGUAUCUAAAAAUGAAUCUGGAAAUGUAGGAUUAAAGAAAAUAAGUUUCAAUUUGGGUAAGAAGAAAAACACGAAAGUACGAGGGAAAAAAAAGUAGAUAGGUAUAUCAUUAGGAAUGUAAAGUAAUAUGAAUGAAUCAAACAACAUAUUUCUUGAUUUGUUUAUGUAUAAUUAUUUUAUAUAGAAUAUUCAAAUUAUAUAACAUUAACUAAUUGCCCAAUACAAUGAUAUUUGACGGU